AUGAAAUUAUUGUUGGUCCUAUUUGCCCUGGUCGGCGCUGUUUUGGCCAGACCUGGAUACGACGGAGGAGCAAAACAAAUUGAAGGCGGAUUUGGCGCAUCCGUUCCCCAGAGUGGACAAGCAGGAUACGGAGGCGGACAGGGAGGAUAUGGCGGAUCAGUUCUCCCGAGUGGACAGGGAGGAUACGGUGGCGGACAAGGAGGAUACGGCGGCGGACAGGGAGGAUAUGGUGGCGGAUCCGGUCUCCAGAGUGGCCUAGUUGGACAGACAGGAUUUAGUAGUUCCGUUCCCCAAAGUGGACAGAGAGGAUACGGCGGCAGUCAGCAGGGCGGAGGAUAUGGAGGAUACGGCGGAACCGUUCCCGAGAUUGGACAAGAAGGAUUCGGUGGCGGACUAGGAGGACCCAUUCCCCAGGUCGGUCAAGGCUAUGCAGGCAAGGAUGUCGGUCAGAGAGGAUAUGGCGGAUCUAUUCCCCAAAAUGUUCAGGGAGGAUAUGGUGGCGGAUACGGAAUUGGCAGUUCCGUUGCCCAAAGUGGACAGAGAGGAUACGGUUCUUACCCACAGAGUGGUCAGAGAGGAUAUGGCAGCGGCCAGGUAGGGGCUGUUCCCCAGGUCGGCUUUGCCGGCGGAUUUGAUCAUACCGAACACGAUUGUCAUCAUCCCGGGCAUGAUAAGCAUCACGAACAUCAUGGACAUCAUGGACGCUACUAAUAACUCUUUAGUAAAAGGUCGUCUU